AUUUCUGUCAAGUCAAAUUCUUUCUUUUCCUUUCUGCUCGCUUGGCGUGAACGUGUUCAAGUGGAGUAGUGAAAAUGACGACCGAUCCUAAGGCAUUUCUCAAAGAUUUCCUCGCUGGUGGAAUAUCAGCCGCUGUAGCCAAAACCGCAGUAGCACCAAUUGAACGAGUUAAAUUGCUUCUACAAGUACAAGCAGCUAGCAAACAAAUAUCUGCAGAAAAUGCAUACAAAGGUAUGAUCGAUUGCUUUGUUCGUAUCCCAAGAGAGCAAGGUGUAUUGAGCUACUGGAGGGGUAAUUUAGCAAAUGUCAUCAGAUAUUUCCCCACUCAGGCUUUGAACUUUGCCUUCAAAGAUGUUUACAAAUCAGUAUUUUUGGGAGGAGUUGACAAACGUACUCAAUUCUGGAGGUAUUUUGCUGGAAAUUUGGCUUCCGGUGGUGCUGCAGGAGCUACCUCACUCUGUUUUGUGUACCCUCUUGAUUAUGCCAGAACGCGUCUUGGAGCUGACGUAGGCAAGAAUGUCGGUGAAAGACAGUAUACAGGUUUAAUCGACUGUCUUGUCAAGACUUUCAAAUCUGAUGGACCCAUUGGUUUAUACAGAGGUUUUGUAGUCUCUGUGCAAGGUAUCAUUAUAUACCGUGCAGCAUACUUUGGGUUCUUUGAUACUGCUAAGGGAAUGUUGCCAGAUCCUAAAAACACACCGUUUAUCAUUUCCUUCCUCAUUGCCCAA